AGAUUAUGUGAACUUUAUAAAAACAAUGAAGGUUAUGAAGUGUUGGAUCGUUUCAAAGGACAGCUGCUGGAGGGCAAAACUUAUCAGCCACUAUUUCCAUAUUUUGCGGAUCGAAAAAGUACACUUGGCGCAUUUCGAGUGCUUGUUGCUACAUUUGUAACCACAGAUCAAGGUACCGGUGUGGUGCACCAAGCACCAUAUUUUGGCGAGGUUUGUUGCUUUAUAAAAUGCCGUUUUCUUAUGCAAGAUAAUUGUCACAAGCAAUUCUAA